AAUGUGUGUAUCUGUGUGUGUGCAGCUUGUGUUCCCAGGGUGAGCCUACCCGGAGAGCUGAGGAGAGAAUACGAGGAUCAGGUGACCAAACUGCAGCAGGAGCAGCAGCACAUGCUGCAGGACCAGCAGAAAGCCAGCGAGGAGCUGAUCCAGAAACUCCUCCAGGAGGAAGAUCAGCUGCUGGAGGACGAGAGGAAGAGGAGGGAGGAAGACGAGCAGCUGGCCCAACGGCUCAGUGAUGAACUGAACCCUCCUCCUCCUCCGUGUCCGGAGACGCUGCGUCUGGUGGAGGUGAAGAAGAAGAAGGAGGUGACGAUCGGCCAGAUGGACCGGUUCCUGAUUCCUCGAGCUCCUCGAGCUCCGUCCCUCCCCCGGCUGGACUACUAUGGCCCCCAGCUGGAGGUGGAGGUCAGCCUGGGGGCCGUGGAGGUGCACCUGGGGAAUCACCUGGUCCCUCAGGUGGGGGAGGAGGUGCACCUGGGGAAUCACCUGGUCCCUCAGGUGGGGGAGGAGGUCUGCCUGGGGGAGCAGCAGCAGCAGCAGGAGGAGGAGGUGGUUCACCUGGGGGAGGAGCUUCACCCGGGGGUCCAGCUGGGGGGUUACCUGAUCUCCACCAAGAGGAAGACCUGGGAGUCUCCGGAGGAGGAGCAGGGCGGAGCCUCCAAGCGGCUGCUGAUGCCCCGCUCCUCGGAGGAGCAGGAGGACCGGCGUCUGCAGGAGAGACUCCAGCAGGAGCAUCUGCAGCUGCAGGACCAGGAGCAUCUGCAGGACCAGGAGCAGCAGCAGGAGCAGGCGGGCCUGCAGGAGGAGCUACAGCAGGUGCAGCUGCAGAGGCAGGACCAGGAGCAGGCGGACCUGCGUCUGGCUCAGCUGCUGCAGAAGCAGCUGAACCGGGAGGAGAGACAGAAGGCCACAGACCGGAGGAAAGGUUCCUCCGACGCCUACCUGCUCCGGCACAAGCAGGGAAGCUCACGCCUCCACGCCGCCAGGACCUCCAGGAGGUCCUCGUCCUCCUCCCUGUCCUCCUCCUCCUCCUCGUCCUCUUCUCCCUCCUCUUCCUCCUCGUCCUCCUCCUCUCCCUCCUCCAGGAGAGGCCGUAAACAGCUGACUCUCACCGACAUGUUCUCCAGUCUGAGCUGAAACUGCUGCUCAGAACCAACAUGGCCGUCAUGAUCAUGAACCAGAACGUGAACCCCCUCAAACUGUUCUAGCUGCGACACGGCUCUCCAGGCUCUCCAGGAUCUCCAGGCUCUCCAGGCUCUCCAGGAUCUCCAGGCUCUCCAGGAUCUCCAGGUGUCCUGGUCCUGGUCCUGGUCCAGGUCCUGGUACCCCGGUCCAGGUCCU